AUAACAGUAUACCUGUGCAGUAGCUCCCUGAGCGUAGCCCCUUACAGGUCUUUAUAUCUGAGAUCAGAAGAACUAUAGCGCGCUUCUGAAUGCUAAAAAAAUUCAAAUACAUGGUCAUAGGUUCCAACACUCACGUUCACCUUGAGCUACUGGCAGCAAAGGCCAUAAUCUUGGCAAAGUCUCUCUUACUCAUCGCCCGCGCUUCCGAAGCUACUGCCUCUCCACCAAUUAGUCACACGUCUUUCAGAUGGAAGAUGUUUCACCAGGCCAGUCGCAAAGCUGCAACUAGCAAGCAGCGUCUGCCGGACCCCGCUCAGCGCGAAAAAAUCACCAAGCGCAACGCCAUCGAGUCUCUACUCCUGCGUCUUCCCUCAGAAAUUAGGAAAGGUAUCUACGCUUACGGGCUCGGCAAUACACGCUACCGCUUUCGGCCCAACAUCCGGCCCGGACGUUUCCCCGUCGUCGUCAAACCUGAUCAGACCGAGUAUCGAUAUCCAAACCUGCCGCUCGUUUGUGGUCAGCUCUACCAUGAAACGAGAUUGCUUCCUUACAAGCUCGGGACAUUCAGUUUCGACCAGUGGCAUGGUUACUCACGCGACGAUCCUCUCUUUUCUUUCGACAUAAGAAAAUUCUUGUUAAAGAGAUCAAAAUCGGAGGUCAAAGCGCUUCAAACAUUGACCUUUAAGGAUUUGAAAACAACUGGAAAUAGAAUGCAUUGGGCCAAACAACUGGGUUUUAAGCAGUUUCUCUCUUAGGUAAACACCAAAGGAUAGUUUGAUAUCGGUGGCUAGCAGAUCUUUGCAGCGAGAGUCGUUGUGAUGUUAGAUCUCUCCAGACAUCAUCCCAGAGGACGACUGGAAGUGGAAGACGAGGCCAUCAGGCGACUGGAGUAUUUGGCAUACAACGGGCGUCACGUUCACCUUGGCAAACAACAACCAACACGCUUCUCUUGUGUAUAUAACUAAACCAACAUCCUCUUCUACUGCUCCGCUUGACACGAUUAUUGUUCUAUCUCUUCCUGCCUGG